AUGCGGUGGACGUCUGCCUCUUCGCUCCUCUUGCUCUUAGUCCUGCUGCUAGCCAUAGCUGUUGCUAACGCCGGCCCUGACGCGCUCUUUGGCGGAUUUGGAUACGGAUAUCCAAAUGUAAAGGUGAGAAAACGACAGCUCGCCUCCGACGACAACUCAGCACAAGCAACUGAGAGCCCAACUCAACGGCAACCACCAGCUCAAACCUCUCCGACAACCAGUGAACAACCACCACCACCACCAGAGUCGACUCCCGAUCCAACCUCGGAACCCAGGACCACACCACCCUCCAGCACAUCACGGACACAACCACAAUCCUCCUCUACCCCUCCAGAUACUCCAACCCCCACUGCAGAUAGCACCACACCUACCCAAGACCAACAGAAACCCACAGAAACAAAUAAUGUCCCUUCCACAACCAACAGUCCCUCCGUCGUCAUCGUCACCAACACCGUUACCAUCAGCGGUACCCCCGUCCAACAAACCUCCGCCUCAACCGUAGCCCCCGGCCAAACCCUCGCCCCCGGCCUGGGCAACAACGCUGGCGGCCCAGGUGGCUCAUCGGGCGUAGGCACCCCCCCCAAGAAUGUCAUCAUUGGCGUUGUCGUGGGUGUCGGAGGUUCUAUUACCCUGGCUGGCCUAGCCUUCGUGGUGUGGAGGUUGCAUACCAGGCGGAGCUUCCGUGGGCCUGGUGAUGAGGACGAUUUAAUGAAUGCCGGUACUGCUGUGGGGACAUCUAGCCUUGAGACAUCGGGGACCUCGAGCUCUCCAUUUAAGUCGACGCUGGACCAAUAUCAUCAUCCGGGAGGGCUUAAUGCAUCUUCGAAUUUCUAA